AUAUUUGUUUGUUUCCUUCGGGAUUCUCAGCAAGCGACGCAUGAAAGCAGGACAACAGUGAGUGAAGAAUAAAAUGCAACGAAGUGAGUUACUAACGUAGACGUAGAACACGAUGCAGUGGUACUUCGUCGCCGCUCUACUUACUGUUCUAACGAGCUCCCAGGGGAUUUUGACUACUCUAUCUCAAUAUAAUGGACGGUACUUGUAUGACUAUGCAACUAUUCCAUUUCUUGCUGAAGCUUUCAAGCUAUUGGUUUCUGGUUUACUUCUUUGGAGAGAGUGCAAAGUAUCAUCUUCUACGAGGAUGACUACAGAAUGGAAGAGUGUGCGUCUAUAUCCCAUCCCUUCGAUUAUUUAUCUGAUCCAUAACAAUGUUCAAUUUGCUACUUUGACUUAUGUGGAUACAUCAACGUACCAAAUAAUGGGUAAUCUGAAGAUUGUCACCACUGGCAUUUUAUUCAGGGUUUUCCUGAAGAGGAAACUGUCUAAUUUACAGUGGAUGGCGAUUGUUUUGUUAGCUUUUGGAACAACCACUAGCCAGGUUAAAGGUUGUGGAGAAGCUUCAUGUGAGUCUAUGUUCGCUGCACCGAUACAAGGAUAUAUGUUGGGAGUCCUAUCAGCUUGUCUAUCAGCAUUAGCUGGCGUUUACACUGAGUUUCUGAUGAAGAAGAAUGAUGACAGCUUGUACUGGCAGAAUGUACAAUUGUAUACGUUUGGUGUUUUAUUUAAUAUGGCACGGCUUUCUCUGGAUGACUUCAGUGGUGGAUUUGAAAAGGGUCCUUGGUGGCAACGCCUUUUCAGUGGAUAUAGCAUCACAACUUGGCUUGUAGUUCUGAAUCUCGGAUCCACUGGCUUACUGGUUUCGUGGUUGAUGAAGUAUGCUGACAAUAUCAUAAAGGUUUAUUCCACCUCAAUGGCAAUGCUGUUGACAAUGGUUCUAUCUAUAUACCUUUUUAAUUUCAAACCUACAUUACAACUCUUCUUGGGCAUCAUCAUUUGUAUGAUGUCGUUACACAUGUAUUUUGCCCCUGCAAACAUGCUUGUAGAUUUGCCCUUGGUGAAACCUGCUCCUGAGAGUCUAAAAGAAGUCUCGAUCGAACGAAGAUAAGAUUCCCAACAAAAUCAGUCAAGGGUGUAGAAAACUAAUGCUUCGUUGUCUGCCCAACAAAAGCAAAAGAGGUAAAAGAGUGAUUGCAAUUUGCAAAGUCAGAUUUUUUUUCCCUUGAUUUUUUGACAUGAAUUUAAUUGACCAAUUGGUUGAUUAUGGACAACCCAUGUACUAACAUGAGGACUAAAAACCUGAAGAAUCUUGUUUAUUUUUACCAUAUUAAUUACAGGAUUUCCAAUUCCAAAUA